GGUUUAAGACAUUAUAAGUACACACACAAACAACAACAACCCCAACAACAAGGAAGAGCAGCUGUCUCCAAAAAGAUGGGGACAGAGAAGAAGCAGAAAAUGGUAGAGGAGGAAAUAGGCAUUGAUGGGAAGCUUGUUAUCUCCGUUGAAAAAUUGCAAGAGUUACAAGACGACCUCGAAAAGAUUAAUGAGAAAGCAAGUGAUGAAGUGUUGGAAAUUGAACAAAAGUACAGUCAUAUCCGCCAGCCAGUCUAUGAUAAGCGAAAUGAUAUCAUUAAAGCUAUUCCUGACUUCUGGUUGACGGCUUUCUUGAGUCAUCCUGUUCUUGGGGAACUUCUAACUGACGAGGAUCAUAAGAUUUUCAAGUUUCUAAGUUCGGUCGAAGUGGAAGACUCUAAGGAUGUGAAAUCGGGUUAUACAAUCACGUUUAACUUUAACCCAAAUCCUUAUUUUGAAAAUUCAAAGCUAUGGAAGACCUAUACCUUCCUUGAAGAUGGACCUACAAAAAUUACUGCUUCAACAAUUCAAUGGACAGAAGGCAGGGGCAUUCCUAAUGGAGUUGGUCAUGAGAAGAAAGGAAACAAGCGACCCCUUGCUGAGGAAAGCUUCUUUAGCUGGUUCAGUGAAGUCAAUCAGAAGGGAGAUGGUGAAGACGACGAGGAUGUGUUUCUGGAGAUUCAAGAUGAAGUUGCUGAGAUAAUCAAGGAUGACUUGUGGCCGAACCCUCUAACUUAUUUUAACAAUGAUCCUGAUGAAGAAGAUCUUGAGGAUGACGGAGGCGGCGAUGAGUAUGAAAAAGAGGAAGACACUAUUGAGGGAAUGGGGUGAUGAUAGUAGAUGGUGUGGAUACUGUAAUGAUGGGAGAGGACUUGGUGGGAAAAGACAGUGAAGGCUCUGACGAUGAUGAGGACCAAGAUGACGAGGAGGAGGAUGGGGAUGAAUGAACUCUUAUACACCUCUUUUUGAGUUACCAUCUUCAAAGUUUUGUUGAAUAGGUUUUAGUGUCUGUAAAGAGGCUUUAAAAUGUUUGGAAAAGAACGGAAAUAUUAAUAGUUGUGAGGUCAUGCAUUUGCGCUAACUCUAUAUGUUUUUUGAACCUUGUUGUUUUAUUAAGUUUAAGCAGCCCCCUUUUCAUUGA